CAUUUUUAAGUUUUGACAUUGCCGUCAAAAGGAAAAAGAGUGAAAUAAACACUCAAAAGGAAUAAAAAGGUGGACAGAAGGAAAUUAGUUCUGGAAGUUUAUAAAAUUUGUGAAAUUGAUAUUGAAAAAUCAGCUGUAAGGAACGUGAGAAGCACUAAAGUUUUAUUGCUAUAGAAGGAGAAUCUGAACGUGCUCGAAACGAGAUGACUGCUCCGCGUAGACUUCGCAAAGAAUUGACCGAUCUACAGGCUUGUGGUUUGAAAUCUUUUCGUGAAAUUAAUGCGGACGAGGAGAAUCUACUGCGUUGGACCGGUUUAAUUGUACCAGAUAAUGCUCCAUAUAAUAAAGGAGCAUUUCGUAUUGAAAUAAACUUUCCUGCGGAGUACCCAUUUAAACCUCCAAAGAUAAUAUUUAAGACUAAAAUUUAUCAUCCAAACAUCGAUGAAAAAGGACAGGUUUGCUUACCCAUUAUAUCAACUGAAAAUUGGAAGCCUGCAACACGUACAGAUCAAGUUGUUCAGGCAUUGAUUGCAUUAAUCAAUGACCCGGAACCAGAACAUCCGCUGCGUGCAGAUUUGGCCGAGGAGUACUUGCGAGAUCGAAAGCGUUUUAUUAAAAAUGCCGAAGAGCAUACCCGGAAGAAUAGCGAAAAACGGCCGACAGAUUAAAUAAGAAGUGCUGCCAAAAAAAUUACAUGUGAAGUAGAAAGAAUAUAUAUACAUAAAUAAACAAAUAUAAUCAUUGGCAUUGAAUUAUGUAUUUCCAUCUACUGGACAUAUUUGUAAAAUUGUAUUGUAAAUGGUAAUAUCAAUAGAGAGAAAAAGUAGAAUUUUACAUACGAACACGGGUCAGUCAUUGUGUUUAUGUAUUAUAUUCCUAAAACCACUGCUUUGAAUAAAUAGCUCCAUGUUUUCUUAUAAAAUAUGUACAAAUUCACCUAUGAAUAUUAGUUACUAUAACGUAUAGGUAGAUUGAAAGAAAGAUAGCCAAUGUCAUCGUGUAGGAAUCAUUCGGUGGAUAAUUUAAUAGCAAGUAUAUGCAAAUAAAAUAAUGACUAAAUAAAAAACAAUUGAUAUAUA